GCUGGGUAGAACGGCAGAACAGAUGGCUGCCCAUUUCCUUUUCCUUGCUCUCCUUGCUCUGGCUUCAUCUCAUGCCAUUGCUUCUGAUCCUAGUCAACUCCAAGACUUUUGUGUUGCUGAUCCUAAAUCAGAUGUGUUUGUAAAUGGGUUCGUUUGCAAGGACCCGAAGCUUGCCAAAGCUGAAGAUUUCUUCUUUUGUGGCCUUGACAGGCCCCGUGACACAGGAAAUAAACUUGGGUCUAAUGUGACUCAAGUCAAUGUGAACCAAAUUGCUGGGCUCAACACCCUUGGCAUCUCGUUAGCUCGUUUGGACUUUGCCCCCUAUGGUGUCAACCCUCCUCACAUCCACCCAAGGGGAACUGAGAUCCUUAUCGUGUUGGAAGGCACGCUUUACGUGGGCUUCGUCACAUCUAACCCCAAUAACCAGCUCUUCACUAAGAUCCUUAACAACAGUGAUGUGUUUGUAUUUCCUCAAGGUCUCGUCCAUUUCCAGUUCAACUACGGAAAGACAAAUGCUGUUGCUAUUGCCGGUCUCAGCAGCCAGAACCCUGGCGUCAUUACUAUAGCCAAUGCAGUCUUUGGAGCGAAGCCACCAAUCUCUGAUGAUGUUCUUGCCAAGGCCUUUCAACUGGACAAGAAGAAUGUAGAGUGGCUCCAGGCUCCAUUCUGGAUGGACAACAACAACUAGGCAACUGCA